AAGUUAUUGCUGUCUAGACUGGUUAACUCUGCUGAGGGGUCUUUGCUCAUAACUCAACAUUUAAUACAAUAUUAGCGAAAUGAAGGAGAGCGGCGCCCGUCUUGAGACUGUGGAUGAACCUUCUACCCUGCUGAGCACGUACAAGAAGACUAGAAGACGAACCAGAAAAAAUGGCACUGCUUAAAAGGUUGGUACAUCUUGGUUCCAGACAUCAUGGCUUGUCAGCUCGCCGGUGUUGUGUGACUAAGGCUGCUGUGGCUGGUUUUGGCUUUGAUUUCACGGAGGAACAGAAAGAGUAUCAAAAUUUAUCUCGAAAAUUUGCCAGAGAAGAAAUUAUUCCUCAAGCUGGAGACCUUGACAGGUCGGGUGAAUAUCCGUGGGAUCUCCUGAAAAAAACUUGGAACCUUGGCCUUAUCAAUACUCACAUUCCAGAGGAAUAUGGUGGGCUUGGUCUCGGCACUUUUGAUGGCUGCAUGAUAACUGAGGAACUUGCAUAUGGUUGUAGUGGUGUACAGACUGCUAUUGAAGCCAACACACUAGGCCAAAUGCCUGUGAUUCUCGCUGGUAACGAUGCACAAAAGAAAAAAUACCUUGGAAGGAUGAUGGAGGAGCUUCUAAUGUGUGCGUACUGUGUCACGGAACCUAACACUGGGUCAGACGUGGCAGGAGUCAAAACUCGAGCAGAGAAGAAAGGGGAUGAAUACAUUCUGAACGGACAGAAAAUGUGGAUCACAAAUGGCGGCCACGCAAAUUGGUACUUUGUUCUCGCACGAACAAGCAGCGAUCCGAAGGCCUCUGCUGGGAAAGCGUUCACGGGUUUCAUCGUGGAACGAGAGACACCUGGUGUGAUUCUUGGCAAGAAGGAAUGGAACAUGGGGCAGCGUUGUUCUGACACCAGAGGUAUCACAUUUGAAGAUGUUAGAGUGCCAAAAGAGAAUCUAUUAGGAUCUGAAGGAGUGGGAUUCAAGGUUGCAAUGGGAGCAUUUGACAAGACACGUCCUCCAGUAAGUGCAGCAGGUGCUGUGGGCCUAGCUCAGAGAGCACUGGAUGAAGCAACGAAAUAUGCAUUAGAGAGGAAAACAUUUGGUAAAGUCAUCGCUGAGCACCAAGCUAUAUCAUUUAUGCUUGCUGAGAUGGCAAUAGGGAUUGAAACUUCUCGAUUGGCCUACCAGAGGGCAGCAUGGGAGGUGGAUCAAGGCAGACGCAACACGUACUAUGCGUCUAUUGCCAAGGCUCUGUCAGCGGAUGUGGCGAACAAGGCAGCGACGGAUGCUGUGCAGAUAUUCGGCGGAAACGGAUUUAAUAGCGAAUAUCCCGUCGAGAAGUUGAUGAGAGAUGCAAAGAUCUACCAGAUCUACGAGGGAACAGCACAGAUCCAACGUGUGAUCAUUGCACGAGAACAUCUGGCUAGUGCACAACAGCAACGAUGAAUCACACGUCUGUGCACAGUCGAGUUUCCCAGUUCAUGUUGCGUUUCCGGGAAGAGGAGAAUUUCUAAAUUAGAAGUAAAAUGUCAACACUAUAUAUGAAGCAUAUUGAAUAGAUUAUCUUCUAUGUGUUCUAAUGAUGUCUUUUGUAAUCAGCAGGGAAGUAAUGUAUAUAUACUGUGCCUGCAAGGCUUGGUUGUUUCUGAGCACUUGUAUGAUUUCUUAUGGUGUGAAGUAUUUCUAAUGAAAUUGUGUCACAAGAAUUA